CGCUGUUUCUGUUUAGACGCAGUCAAAGUUCGACUGAACUUUCAAAAUGGAAUCCAGCUCUAAUUUGGGGAAUAGAUCAGAAGGUGAUCUUUACCCGGUGGAUCUACCGGUACAACAUUAUUGCGAGUUAAAUGCAGGAUGUGAAGAAUACCUGUCGAGCGUUAAAUCAGACGGUGCCAUGGCGCACAUCUUUUCUAAUGGAGAGAAAGUGCAAGUAACUUGUAAAAACAUAGGUCGACUUGCUUUUCUGAGUGAUGGUGACAUGCCAUAUUUCAUUCUUGCUCUACACAUGCCUGAGGAUGAAACCAAUGUGGUUGCUGUGUACUUGCACGGCAAAUGGUGGCCAAUUGGUGAUGUUUUGAAGACGUCAGACAAAUCCAGACGUGGACUUGUGUUAGUGAAGUCUGUCAUGGAGAGAGUGGUGCUGUUCCUGCUCAGUCAGGUUAUAUUUGGAGUUAUGGAGAAGACUCUUAAAGACGACCUAUAUUUUUCAGCCUUUUCCCUGUGGGAACAUGGCAAAAUUCUCUGGCAUAAUGGAGAAGCGGUUGGGUUUUACACCAUCAAAAAAAAGGGCAGCCUUUGUGAUGGUUACACUGGCCAGAGCUAUCAGCUCCCCAUGCUGGACACUGUGUUUGUCCGCUCUCACUGGAGAAGGACUGGUCUUGCUUUACAGAUGUUGGAGGAUUUCUGCUUAUCUCAAUCCUCGGAGGGGGUUCUGGGAAUAAGCUUUCCAAUGUCUCCUGGCAUGUAUGGAGUUUGCGAGAAGUAUCUUGAGAUCCACAAAGAAGAGAGAGAUCGUCUGUAUGAGGUGGAAGCACCCGGCGAAUGGACUCAAAGACGCAAUGUGUGGUUAAACAUCCAGCUGCAAAAGCUCCCACAGGACUCAGCAUGUGGAGAUUUAGAGCAGAGUCCACAUACCAGUCAUGAAAGAAGGAAACUUGAUUUAGACGUGGGGACAUUGCAACAAUGUGGAUCAUCGGUCUGCCCUAAAGACCCAUCAGGCAGUGCAAAGAAGCGACCAGCUGGUCAGUCCAAGACCACAACCAACUACAAAAAAUCCAGGACUUAAUAUUUGUUUACAGUGUAUUUAAUUCAUCAAUUUAAGAAAGUAUGUGUCUUUAUAAACAGUAUAAGUGAGUCUCUGACUGAAAAAUACACAUGGGCUUUUUUUAUAUUUUAAAGUUUCUUUAUGAGAAGAAAAAGAGGAAUUACUGUACAGGUGUCUUUAUGUUUAGUCUACAAUAAGGUACAAUUGUUAAUUGUACAUUUGAUUGUGAAAGAAAAUUUUUUCUCAUAUGUGACUAUAUUUAUGUGUAUUAUUAUAAUAAAUAUAAGAUAUUUUCAUGUUUAUAUUUGGUAGAAAAAUUAAUAUAUAUUGAUAAACAGUAUAAAAACUAAAAGGACUUAAAGGGAGAGUAUGAUUGAUGAUAGGAAACAUAUAAACAUACAGCUUUGUUCUUUCAUCUAUCUCAGAACAGGGGUUUUCAAAACUGGGGUCCCCCAAAAAAAUUCAGAGAAAAAGACAGGGAUUUUUUUUGCAUACAUCCCAGAAUUGUUUAUAUUUUCUUUGAAAUUUUCUAGUUUGUUUUCUGUGUUUUUAGCCCCUUUUAUCUCACUUACUGAGGCAGUAUUAUUUGUAAACCUGAUGUGAAACAAGAUUUAUUGUCCAAGUUGCUGAAGUACAACUAAAAUAAAUUUGAAUUGAAUUUUUUUUCUUCAUGUUUAUACGUCCAGUUUUAUUUUAAGUGUAGCCAACUGUAUUUGUUAUACUUAAAAAUAUAUAAAUCACAAAAGGUU